UAGAGUUCACAUUGUUCCAAAUGGAUGUCAAAAGUGCAUUUCUAAAUGGCUACCUGAAAGAAGAAGUUUAUGUAAAGCAGCCUCCUGGAUUUGAGUGUCACGAGCAUCCUGAGCAUGUAUUCAAGCUGGACAAGGCAUUGUAUGGGCUAAAGCAAGCUCCCUAGGCUUGGUAUGAAAGAUUAUCAAAGUUUCUUCUAGAAAAUGGCUUUACAAGAGGGAAAAUUGACAACACUCUUUUUCUAAAGAAAUGAUGGAGGAACCUGCUCAUUGUUCAGGUAUAUGUUGAUGAUAUCAUUUUUGGAGCCACAGCUGACUCUUUUUGUGAAGAGUUUGCAAAACUCAUGGGUAGUGAGUUUGAGAUGAGUAUGAUGGGAGAAUUAAAUUUCUUCCUGGGACUUCAAGUGAAGCAAUCUCAAAAGGGAACACUGAUAAGUCAGCAGAAGUACAUCAAUGGGCUGCUAAAAAGGUUUGACAGGGAAACAUCAAAAGUUAUUAACACUCAUAUUGCCACAGCUACUCGUCUAGACAUGAAUGAACCUGGUUCUCCUGUAAAUCAGACCGUGUAUAGAGGGAUUAUAGGGUUACUCUUGUAUCUCACUGCAAGCAGACUAGAUAUUGUGUUCAGCGUGGGCCUUUGUGCAAGGUUUCAAUCCAAUCCAAAGGAAUCUCAUCUGAAGGCUUCCAAGAUAAUAUUGAUUUAUCUCUAAGAAAUGCAGGACCUGGUUCUUUUCUAUCCCUCAGGUGACAGCUUUGAUCUUAUUGGGUAUGUUGACGCUGAUUAUGUAGGAUAUCUGAUGGACAGGAAAAGCACGUUUGGAAUGGCACAUUUCUUGAGUUCUUGCCUAAUCUCAUGGGGUACAAGGAAGAAAACUCGGUGGCACUUUCAACUGCAGAAGCGGAAUAUGUAGCAUCUGCCUCCUGUUGUGCUCAAUUGUUGUGGAUCAAACAGCAGUUGAAAGGCUUUGGAAUAUUCUCUGAUUGUGUGACCCUCUUGUGUGACAAUGCAAGUGCACUCAACAUGGACAAAAAUCCAGUCCAACAUAAGAAGACCAAGCACAUUUAUGUACAUCAUCACUUCCUCAGAGACAAUGUUGAAAAAGGGCUCAUCUGUAUGAAGUUUUGCAGCACUGAAGAUCAGAUUGCAGACAUCUUCACUAAACCUCUUAGCUAAAAGUGUUUUCUGGCAAAGUCUAACUCAUUUCUAUAUCGUUACAGGUAGACACGCAUGAUGAUUAUAGAGCAGCUGAUACAAUGCAUGCUGGUAAAAAGGGUUAAGCUUACAUUUGCAAGACCUGUCAUGUAACCUGGUUCUCCUGAAACAGGUUAGUAGCUUCUUUGUUUUCUCAUACACAAUUUAGAACAGAUAAAAACAAUGCCACAUCAUCAUUGUGGCAGUCUCUUUACUUUGCGUCUUUUGAACCAAAACGUCUCACCUGUUACCGAACGACCCAACUCCCAAAAUAAAACUGCCGCAUUUUCUUAACAGGUCCUUUAUCUCUCAUAAAUGCAUCUAUCAAGGUCACAACUCCUCACAUCAAACUUCAAACUCUUCACUUCCCCUUCUCUCUUCUCAAACCACUAAUCUCUCUAGUAAACUCCAUCAUGACUGAGAAUCAAGAAAACUCUGGUGCUCUCAACAAUACCCCCAUCGAGUGCACACCAGCUGAAACUCCAAUAAUAUACUCCUCAACAAACACCACCACCAGUCCAAACCCUAGAGCGGAGUCUCCCCCACACUUAGUCUCCUCACCUACCCACUCAGGUUCUGGUUCUCAUCGAAGUCGCAAAACCUCGACUCCAAAAAUGUUUGUGGCUACCAGCUCUCCUCCAUUCUCGCUGGUAUGACAUAGUGAACAAGGUGAACAUGGUAACCUGGUCCAAGAGGGAAAUCAGGAAACAUCAAAUCUCAUUAUGGAAGAGAACUCAAGUGUAAACCAAGAGGCUAGUCCUGACAAUGCUGACUCAACCAUGACAGGUCGUGAGUCUACAGGUAACACUCAUUAUUAUGUUGAGAUUUCCAUGGAACCACAAGAAAAGAAGGCAAUAGAAAAUAUGCUCUCCAUAGCUGGUGAAGGGGUUUAUGUUGAGGAAGAGCCUCAGGCCAUAAUAGAUGGGAGAGAGCUUGUGCCAUUUGAAACUUCGGCACAAGAUGAUACUAAUGUGGUCCCUAAUGAUGGACCUGAUCCCUCCACGGAGGAUCCAGGCCAGGGGUCAUCUCCCCAGGUCAGUAUUGAUCCUGCUUCUUCUCCCCAUUUCUAUGAUGAACCCCUGUUUAUGGUGGUGCGUGAGAUGUGGUGUGAUAGUGAAGAAGAUUUAGAGGAUUUGGUGAUUGCUAGCUUUAUCAGGGCUAGGAGUAAGCUAUUUGCAACUCCUGAGCCAACUCCUAAGCGACCCACUAUAAGGUUUCAAAAGAAGGAGGCUCUUGAGUCUGCUCUUAAGAAAAUCAAUGGAGUCAAAGAAGGAGAAAGUUGGUGAAGGAUAGCAAAGCAGUACUUGAAAAGGUUGUUCCUGUUGUCAAUGUAGAUGAGGAAGUAGAAGAGGAACCUAGUUCCUUGACUCACAAGCCCUCGAAGCAGAAACACUCUCUCUCCAAAUCCAAAAAGAACAUUUCUGUAAGUGUUGGGAGUCCAACCAAGAGUGUUAAUGCUGUUUCCAAUGAAUAGUUUAUGGAAAAGACUGGUGAAAAGACAGUGAAAGAGAGUGGUGGAAAAUCUGAUGAUGAAGUAGUGGAAGAUUCUGGUGAACAUGUGCCUGAAAAAUCAGUAGAGAAGGGAAAGUCUACUCUCAAGUCAGUGAAAAGAAAAAUGGAUGUUGAUGAGGAACCUGGUUCCUCCAAGAAAGCAAAUGUUGAAGAAUCAGGAAGUUCUAGGAAAGGAAAGUUGAGAAAAUCGAAGGUACUGUGGGGCCGCACUUUUGCCCCUGACAUUGUGGAGCUUGUCGGGAUGCGACAGUUAGUGGAAAUUUGUGAUUUUCAAUAAUGGACUCAUUUGUUUACAAAUGAUAUUCCAAAAGUGUAU